UCACUGAAAGAAAGUGUUUUUGCAGCAACUUUUGUUACAAAGCAUCUAAAUUUUUUGAAGCACAAAUUUCUAAAACUCCAGUUUGGGUUCGAGAUGAAGAAAGGUCACAGACAUCCUGAUUUUCAGCUGCUUCAGGAAGGACAAAGUGGCCAUUCAGGAGUAGAAGUUGAGCUAAGCAGUAAAGCCACUGACACGUCAGAUAUUGAGAAUCCUGGCCAUUUUGUGAAACAUGAUGAAUCUACUUCUUCUAGCACUCACAGUGAUAGUAACAGUGAUAAUGAACAAGAAUUUGUUUCCUCCAUUCUACCAGGAAACAAACCAAAUGCAACAUGUAUAAAGCCACAGCUGAACCAAAAAAGCAUAAUGAAAAAGAAAGCCAAUCAGAAAGCAAACUCCAAACAUGAAGACAGAGAACAGACUGUGGUCAAUGUCACUGAGCAGUUAGGCCAUUGCAGAUUAGAGAAUGUGGAGAAAGCUGCUAGUUGUGCCCCUUCCUUACAGAAAGGAAAUGCUCAUCUUUCUUCAAAUCCUCCUUUUCAGGAAAAAUUGGAAACAUCAGAAUACUCUGAAAUUAAAUACAAUAGUUCAAAUAUAACUCUAGUAGGCCUAAGCAAGAAAAGCGCGGAGCAUUUUAAGAGGAGAUAUGCCAAGUCAAACCAAGUUUCUAGUUCAGUUUCUGGUUCAGUUCAGGUUUGUCCUGAAGUUGCAAAGAAAAACAUACUUAAAAUCCUGAAGGAGACUUUGAUGGAAUGGAGAACAGAAGAUACAUUGAGGUUUUUAUAUGGCAAAAAUUAUGCUGCUGUGUGUUUGAAACCCUCUUCGGGCUUUCAGGCUAAAGAAGAAGAACUUGAUGAAGAUGACAUAAACUCUGACCCAGAGAGUCAUUCCUCUGCUGUGGGGAAAUUUCAGAAUAGUUUGGAUGAGUCUUUACCAUUUAAUGCCUCAGAUACGGCUAGUAAACCACUGCCAAGUUAUGAAAACUUGAAAAAAGAAACUGAAACAUUAAAUCUAAGGAUAAGAGAGUUUUAUAGAGGACAAUAUAUUUUGAAUGAAGAAACCACCAAAUCACAAGACUCAGAAGAGGUAUAUCUAAAUGAUGCUGAGUUUACCAAGCUGCUAAACCUAUAG